GACUGAGCAUGAGUUCACACACCGGACCGAAAUAACACCUCAGCAGCGAAACACAGGAGGAAAACUGAACCUUUAACAAUGGCCCUUAAGGGUCUUCAUCUUCUGUCUCUGUUACUGCUGUCCCAAGGAAUUCACCUCGUUCAAGGAAGUUGUGCCAGUAAUGAGUUUCAAUGCAGAAAUGGACAAUGCAUCAACAAAGCUUGGAGGUGUGAUGGAACUAAGGACUGCACAGACGACUCUGAUGAGCUGAACUGCCCACCUCCAUCAUGCAGCUCGCAGGAAUUUAAGUGUGUGACAAGUGGUGAAUGCAUCUCCCUGGGAUUUGUCUGUGAUGGGGAGGAGGACUGCGUUGACGGAUCCGAUGAACAAAGAACCUGUGACGGACGCACCUGCAGGCCAGACCAGUUCACCUGCCAGGAGGGCCAGUGCAUCCCCAGCAAAUACAGAUGUGAUCGAAUGACGGACUGUGUGGACAACACUGAUGAGAAAAACUGCAAUUAUCCUCAAUGCACCCAGAGGACAUGUGCAAACGGAGCCUGUUACAAUAACUCUCAGCACUGCAAUGGGCUGCAGGACUGCAGAGACGGAUCUGAUGAGACCAACUGCACCACUCACCACUGUCCCAGCCACCAGUUCGAGUGUGCGAAUGGCUUCUGUGUGCCACAUGCGUUUGUGUGCGACCACUGGGACGACUGUGGGGACAACAGUGAUGAGCAAGACUGUGAAUAUCCAACCUGCAGUGGCAACCAGUUCAGUUGUUCCAGUGGCCGCUGCAUUCCCCAGAACUGGGUGUGUGACAAGUUCAACGACUGUGGAGACUUCAGUGACGAAAGUGGAUGUGAUAGUGACUCUCGGGACUGUUACCCUGGUGAGUGGGGUUGCCCAGGCUCAACUGCAUGCAUCCCAGUGGGUAAAGUGUGUGACGGCAAACCUGAUUGUCCUGGAGCAACAGAUGAGACCAACACUACUGCACAUCAAACAUGUGGUCUGGACCGGUGCUCUGCCUUGAGUUGCGAGUAUCUCUGCCACCCUUCUCCCCAGGGUGGCACUUGUUACUGCCCUGAUGGGUUUAUAGUAGCUAACGACAGCCGCUCCUGUGUAGACUAUGAUGACUGUGAGAUCUGGGGGAUCUGUGAUCAACUCUGUGAGGAUCGACCUGGGACUCACCACUGUAGCUGUGCAGAUGGAUACUUCUUGGAGCAGGGACACGUCUGCAAAGCCAAUGUGUCAGGAUGGCUGCCACAGCUCAUUUUUACAAAUGGGGGUGACGUGAUGAUGGCGGAUAUUCACGGGCGCUUUGUCAGAACUCUGGUGCCGGCCCAGGGCAAAGGUUACGCCGUUGGGGUGGCCUACAACAUUCGGAACAAUGUAGUCUUCUGGAGUGAUACAAAUACAAAAAAGGUUUAUUCUGCCAGCUACAACGGGGAAAACAUCAAGGAAAUUCUGACCACUGCAGUCCCAAAUGUCCAAAAUCUUGCAGUUGAUUGGAUCAACUUUAAACUUUAUGUUUUGGAUGCAACUCUGGAGCGAAUUGAUAUGUGCGACUAUGAUGGAAGGAAUCGAGUCACGCUGGUGGCUGAAAACUUAGAAACUCCUCAUGGCCUUGCCCUGGAUCCUACAGUGGGCUACAUGUUUUUCUCAGACAUGGGUGUGAGCCAGGAGAAGACAAAGCUGGAACGGGCCUUCAUGGACGGCAGUAACCGCGUGGAGCUCAUCAAAAGCAGACUCGGCACACCCACUGCGAUCACCCUGGACAUCGUAACAAAGAGGGUCUACUGGUCCGACAGCCACUUUGACACGGUGGAGACGGUCACAUACAGCGGUUUGGACAGGAAAAUAGUCCUCAACGGUGCAACGCAGUCGCCACAUCCUUUUGGGAUGGCUGUCUUUGAAAACCAUGUCUUCUUCACUGACUGGGCCAAGAUGGGGGUGAUCAGAACCAAUCGCUUCAACGGCAGCAAUCCCACUCUCCUGUAUCGUACAGCCAAUCGACCAGGACACGUUGUCGUCUCUCACUCUGUCGUUCAGCCUUUUGUGAUGAACCCAUGUGGCAGACACAAUGGCGGCUGUCAGCAUAUUUGUGUUUUAAGCCACCGCUCAGAUAACGUUGGUUUGGGCUUCCGCUGUAAAUGUCGCUAUGGUUACGAUCUGGGAUCCGACCGUCAUAGCUGCUUUAAGAUUAAGGACUACUUGUUGGUGGCUUCCUCUCUGGCCAUCCGGGGAAUCCCUCUGAACUUAUCUCUCCAGGAGGACGUCACUCUUCCUCUGAAUGGACUCGGAUCCUCUUUUUCUGGCUCGGCUGUGGAAUUUGAUGGGAACGAAGAGGCUGUGUUUUACAACGACAGGUCGAGAGGACUCAUUUACAAAUCCAACCUCAAUGGGACCGCUCAGCAGAUUUUGACUGGGAAGACAGUGGGAACUGUUGAUGCGAUGGCUUACGACUGGACCUCCAAGGUUUUGUUCUGGACCACAUCAACGUACAGGGCAGUGGUGGCCUUCAGAGUCACAGACAAGUCCAGAAAAGACAUCGUUACUGGGCUCAGAUACCCAAAGGGUAUUGCGGUUCAUCCAAGUGCAGGAUACCUGUUCUGGUCUGACUGGUACCGUCCAGCCGUCAUAAUGAAAGCAUUCCCUGACGGCAGCAACGCUGUUCCUCUGGUCAACACAACGCUGGGAUGGCCGUAUGGACUCGCUCUGGACUAUGUAAUGGACAGGCUGUACUGGGUGGAUUCCCUUCUCGACCAGGUUGGCCACAUCAGCAUCGAAGGAACUGACAGACAGACAUUCACCAGCAUCGGCCAGAUCACUCAGCCAUACUCGUUGACAGUUUAUUCAGACUACCUCUACAUAUCUGACACAAAGACCAGAGCAAUAUUUGAGAUGAGGAAGAGGGAUGCAGGAGGAAGCAUAAUGAUCAGACAAGGAGUCACCGGCAUUUUGAACAUCAAGGCCUAUUCAGCUGACCUCCACAGCACCUUCAACAGCCGCUGUAAUUCGGUGCCCAAUGGACUCUGCAGCCACUUCUGUUUCCCAACUCCGUUCUCCAGCCGGGUGUGUGGCUGUCCGUACGGCAUGAAGCUUCAGGCCAAUCAGAGGGACUGCAUCAAGGACGAUUCCGUCCCUCCGCCUGACGACUGCGGCGACUACGCCUUUGAAUGCGACGAAGGACGCUGCAGGCCUAACUCUUUCCGCUGUGAUGGCAUUUUUGAUUGUGUUGACAAGACCGAUGAGGCCAACUGCACUGAUACUGGAGCGACCUGCUCUCCGUACGCCUUCACCUGCAACAACAAGCACUGCAUUUACUCCAGCUGGCGCUGUGACGGCCACGACGACUGUGGAGACGGUUCAGACGAGGUCAACUGUCCCACUCGUGUCCCAACCACCUGUGGGUCUUCCUACUUCACCUGUGACAACAACAGGUGCAUCUCCAAGAAUUGGGUGUGUGACGGUGACAAUGACUGCGGAGAUGGCUCUGACGAACAGAACUGCAAUUCAACCAUCACUACAUGCCCCCCUGGCUACUUCCUGUGCCCUGACCACCGCUGUAUUAGCGACUUCUACGUGUGUGAUGGAGACCAGGACUGCUUGGAUGGAUCAGAUGAGAAAAACUGUGAGUUCUCCUGCCAGUCCUAUGAGUUUGCCUGUGCCAGUGGAGACCAGUGCAUCGGCUCCUAUUAUCGCUGCGAUGGCGUGUUCGACUGCAGGGACCAUUCAGAUGAACAAAACUGCCCCACUCGAGGUCCGGGCCUUUGCCACGACGACGAGUUCCAGUGCCAAACUGACGGUUUCUGCAUACCAGACGAGUGGGAGUGUGACGGCCAUCCGGACUGCGAGGACGGCUCCGAUGAGCACAACACAUGCCCGGCCGUCACCUGCAGCUCCAGCUACUUCCAGUGCACCAACAAAAUGUGCAUCCCGACGAGCUGGUUGUGCGACGGCGAAAACGACUGUCGGGACAUGAGCGAUGAACAGAACUGUCCCACCCCUCCCUUCAGCUGUCCCUCUGGACAGUGGCUGUGCCCCACCGACCAGGUGUGCAUUGACCUGGACAAGGUGUGCGACGGGCACAGAGACUGUCCCAACGGAGCAGACGAAUCACCAAUCUGCAACCAAGACGACUGUGCUCUGAACAACGGAGGCUGCACUGACGGUUGCAUCCAGGGACCGUUCGGGGCUCAGUGUACCUGCUCACCUGGGUUUCAGCUCCUCAACGACUCCAAGACGUGUGAUGAUAUCGACGAGUGUCUGAUCCCUGGUUUCUGCAGCCAGCAGUGCUACAACGAGAGAGGAAGCUUCAGGUGCCACUGCUCUGACGGCUACCUCUUAGAGCCCGACGGACGCACAUGCAAAGCUACAGACCCACAUGCUGCUGUACUUUUGGUUGCAAAGCGAAGCCAAAUCCUGGCCAACAGACUCACCAUGAGGCCACCACUGAUCAGUCCAGUGGUCACCGGGUCAAGCAUCGUGACUGUGGACUUCGACCGCGAGACUUCCAGGAUCUACUGGGCUGAUGCCACACAGAAAAAGAUAUGGAGUGCCUUUCAGAACGGUACAGAAAAGCGAGAGGUGUUUUCCACUGGUUUGAUGGUGCCAGAGAGCAUUGCUGUGGACUGGGUGGGUCGAAAUCUUUACUGGACUGACUCUGUCCUGGAAAACAUUGAGGUUUCAACUCUGGACGGUCAUUAUCGGAAGGUCCUCCUAAACAAAAAUAUAACCAGCCCUCGUGGGCUUGCUUUAGAUCCACGCAACUACACCUACUUGAUGUUCUGGUCCGACUGGGGUCAGAACCCCAGGAUUGAGCGAGCCAGCAUGGAUGGAGCCACGAGACAAGUGAUUGUCAGCACUAAGGUCUAUUGGCCCAACGGUCUAGCUCUGGACUACACCACACGCAGGGUCUACUUUGCAGACGCUUACCUAAAAUAUAUUGACUACUGUGAUUAUGAUGGCGGAAACCGCCAUCAGGUCAUGGCAAGUGACUUGGUUCUCCAACACCCACACGGUAUGACUGUAUUUGAGGACAACGUCUACUGGUCGGAGCGCUACACCAGCAAGGUGAUGAGUACAAACAAGUUCCAUGGUGGAAACAUCACGAUUCUUUUCAACAAUAUCUACCAGCCAAUGGGUAUCGUAAUGGACCAUCCCGUCAAACAGCCAGCAGCCAUCAACCCUUGCAGAGAGCACCUUUGCACACAGCUGUGCCUGCUGUCUAACAUGAGGCCGAGGUAUUACACCUGCCACUGUCAGUCUGGCUGGAAGCUGGAUUCAGACCAGCGCACCUGCAUCAAAGAUGACUCUCCCUUCUUGAUGGUGGUGAGGGACACUGUGAUCUUUGGCAUCCCUCUGGACCCCACUGACACAUCCAACAACGCCAUGGCCCCCAUAUCUGGCAUCACCAAGGGACAAGACAUUGACUUUGAUGACAAGGAGCAAUAUGUGUAUUGGGUGCAGAGCACUAGCUCAAUUUGGCGAAUCAAAACCAAUGGCAGUGACAGAGCUCAGUUUGCUCCGGCUGCUUACAUGGGCUCGCCAUCUGGUCUGGCCUUUGAUUGGAUAAGCCGAAUAAUGUAUUAUACUAAUCCCACCAGCCAGACCAUUGAAGUUAUUCGUGUAGAUGGAAACGAGAAAUACAGGAAAACCCUCAUCGCCUCAACUGGAAAACCAGAGGCAGCAGGACAGCCUUUUGGGAUUACAGUAGAUCCUGCCCGAGGGAAGCUGUUUUGGACAGACAAAGGGUCAGAUAAUGGUGUUCCUCCAAAGGUUGGCAGCGCUGAUAUGGAUGGAAGCAACCUGAAGAACCUUUACACCACGAACCUGGCGAACAUUGGGUUUAUCACUGCCGACAUCUCCACCAUGAAACUGUACUGGGGGGUCUCAGGGUCAGGGGUGAUCGAAUGCGGCACCAUGGAUGGAGUGACCCGUGUCACAGUGGUCAGCGGCCUGUCUCAUCCUUGGGGCCUUACGGUCUAUCAGAACCACCUGUACUACACCGACCUGGACUAUGAGGUCCUUGAGAGGGUGGACAAGGACACUGGAGCCAACAUGGUGGUGAUGCGGAGCGGCCUGUCUGGCCUGCAUGCCCUAAAGGUCCACGCCAGAGACAACUCAGCAGGAACUACAAAUGGCUGUAGCACCAACAAUGGAGGCUGUCCACACCUCUGUCUCCCUAAACCUGGGAAUCAGAAGACAUGCGCCUGCACCACUGGAUUUUACCCAUCUCAUGACGGCUCCCGCUGUGAAGAGUAUGAAUCGUUCGCCGUCGUCUCCACAUCGGAGUACAUCCGCGGCUUCCACAUCAACAGCUCGGACCACUCUGAGGCGAUGGUGCCCGUUGGUCGAUCAUAUUAUUCCACUAAAAACAAGGUGGACCUCCACAUUGAGUCAGGCUUUGUUUACUGGAGUGAAGACAGCAUCUACUCGUCAUACAGAGGCAUCUUCAGGGCCAAAACAGAUGGAGGAAGUUUCAGCCGUAUCAUCAAUUCAGGUGUUGGAGUAGGAGGCAUUCAGGGUUUGGCUGUGGACUGGAUUGCGGGCAAUCUGUACUUCACCAACGCCUUUGAAAAAGAAACCUUUCUGGAGGUUCUGUCCGUCAACUCCUCCUACAGAAUGAUACUAGUGAGGAGUUUUGAGGACCGACCCAGAGACCUGGCGGUCAGCCCCAAACUCCGCUACUUGUUCUGGACGGAUGGUGGCCAGUCACCCAAGAUUGAGCGCGCCCUACUGGACGGGACAAAUCGCACAGUUUUGGCCUCGGAGAGCCUGGCGUCACCUCAGGGUCUGACUGUCGAUUACACCAAUGACUUCCUGUACUGGACCGACGAUGUUCUUGACAUGAUCUCCCGCAUGGCCGCGGACGGGACGGAGCGGGAGAUCAUCCGCUACGGGAGCCGCUAUCCGUCUCCAACAGGAUUGGCUAUUUUUGGAAACUACAUGCUGUGGGUGGAUAAGAAGCUUGACAAGCUUUUCCAGGCCAGUAAAGACCCGUCCAAUACGAACCAGUCAGAAGUGAUCCGGGACAACCUUGACGGGGUGAUGGAUGUCGCCGUCUUUGACUCUCACGUUCAGCCCACCUCUGCCAGCCUGGUGGGCUUCAACCCCUGCCAUGAAGACAACGGACGCUGCCAGCAGCUCUGCUUCGCCAUUCCAGAGCAGGAGAAACCCAAAUGCGCCUGCGCUCACGGCUCACUCCUCAGUAACGGAGUCACAUGCGGUUACGGGCAGGACGAGUUUUUAGUCUUCACCACUGACUACACGGUGAAUAGCUUAAGGUUGGACCCAACGGAUCACAGCCUUCCCUUCCCCACGGUGAAUUUGGGCUACAAUGUCAUAGGGUUGGAUUUCGACUACAAAGAGAGGCGAAUUUUCUACACCCAGUCGAAGGGGUUAGGUCGGAGCAUCAUCGGCUACAUCACAACAACAUCAAUCACCAGUCCGCCGGUGAUCCUGGCCUCCAACUUGGAUGAUCCAGACGGGCUGGCGUAUGAUUGGAUCCACAAGCGUCUCUACUUCACCGACUACGCUCGGCGUAACGUCCAGUCGAUUGGCCUGGAUGGGCAGAACCGCUCAGUCAUUGCUCACGCAAACCGUCCCAGAGGCAUCAUCGUUGACCCGUGCUAUGGUUACUUGUACUGGACUGAUUGGGGAACUCCAGCUAAGAUUGAGAGGGCGACGCUAGGUGGGAACUUCCGGACCGCCAUCGUCAACGACAGUCUGAUGACACCAAACGGCCUGUCUAUAGACUACGAGGAGAGGAUGCUCUACUGGGCUGACGCCUCGCUAGACAAAAUCGAGCGGGCCACCCUGAACGGCGAGAACCGAGAGGUGAUUCUUCAGGGAGUCCAGAACCCGUUUUCCAUGACCGUGUUUCAGCAGGACAUCUUCUGGACGGACUGGACGGAGCAGGGUGUGUUCAGGGCCGGAAAGGACGACGGCUCGGGUUACGCAGUGCUAGCCCAGGACUUGCAGUACCGACCCAACGACAUCCACAUCUAUGCGAGCUCCAAGCAGGAGGCGUGCGUCAGCUUCUGUCAGCAGUUCAACGGAGGCUGCAGUCACAUCUGCGUUUCAGGUCCAGUGGGCCCGGAAUGCCAGUGUCCUCACGAGGGGAAUUGGUACCUUGCAAAUAAUGGCAAAGAUUGCAUCAAAGACAGCGGGAAGCGCUGUCAGCCUGAACAGUUCACCUGUCUCAAUGGUAACUGCAUUUCAGCUCGCUGGAAAUGCGACGGCUUCAACGACUGCAAUGAUAACUCCGAUGAGCUGGAGAGAGUGUGCGCUUUCCACACUUGCUCACCGUUGGACUUCACCUGCGACAACGGUCGCUGCGUCCCGAUGAGCUACGUCUGUGACUACACCGACGACUGCGGUGACAACAGCGACGAGCGGGGCUGCGCCUUCCCCACCUGCAACCCGUCAACAGAGUUCACCUGCGCCAACGGACGCUGCAUCAACUCGGCCUACGUCUGCGACGGACGCAACGACUGUCGAGACAACAUUACAUCCGAUGAAAUCAACUGCCCUGACCGUGUGUGUCCAGGUGGCCAGAUCAAGUGUGAACGCAACAACAUCUGCAUCUUCCCUGAAAACCUGUGUGACGGCUACAACAACUGUGGUGACAACAGCGACGAGAACCCCCUGUUCUGCGCCGGCCGUACUUGUGCAGCCAAUCAGUUCAGUUGUGAUGAAGGAAAGUGCAUUCCUCAGUCAUGGGUCUGUGACUCCAUCACUGACUGCACUGAUAAGACGGAUGAGCCUCCUUCUUGUGAGGACAUUGUCAGAACAUGUGCUGCUGGCGAGUUCACAUGCAGCAACGGGAACUGUAUCCCUCAGUCCGUGGUUUGUGACGGCAACAAUGACUGCUGGGACAACAGUGAUGAGGCUCCAGAACUGCAGUGUGGUGAGCGUACCUGCAGUUCCAACCAGUUCACCUGUCCAACCUGGUACCCGGGCCACCCUCGCUGCGUGCCGCUGAACGCCGUGUGCGACGGGGAGAAAGACUGCGCUAACGCAGCCGACGAGCUGCAGAACUGUCCCAACCGGACCUGUCACAUGAACGAGUUUGCCUGCGCCAACGGACUCUGCAUCCUCAUCCCAUACCACUGUGACCGCGUGAACGACUGCGGAGACGGCAGCGACGAGUUGAACUGUAAGUACGACACCUGCAGCAGCAGCCAGUUCACCUGCGGGAACGGAGCCUGCAUCCCCUCCUCCUACACCUGCGACGGGGAUAAUGACUGCCUGGACGGUUCAGACGAGGCCGAGAGCUUGUGCGUCACGCUGCAGCCGACCUGCUCGCCCCAGCAGUACAUGUGCAGCUCAGGAGAGUGUAUUGACCUGCACAAGGUGUGCAACGGGCAGAAGGACUGCCAGGACAACAGCGAUGAAAAAGGCUGCGGAGUCAAUGAGUGUCUGAACACACAGGUCCAUCAGUGCGCUCAGCUCUGCACAGACACCCUCACCGGCUAUUACUGCUCCUGUAACCCGGGCUACCGCCUCAUGCCCGAUGGAAAAGCCUGCGAGGACGUCAACGAGUGCACCACCUCGCCGGCUGUGUGCAGUCAGAUCUGCGAGAACAGCGUCGGCUCUUUCCACUGUAAAUGCGCUCCUGGGUACAUCCGCGAACCGGACGGACGCACCUGUCGUCAGAACAGCGGCAUCCCCUCUUACCUGUUGUACACCAAUCGCUACUACAUCCGUUAUUUAUACGUGGACGGGACGAAGUCUGGCAUAGCGCAGCAGGGCCUGUCCGAUGUGGUGGCUGUAGAUUAUGAUGACUAUGAGAAAUGGAUGUAUUGGCUGGAUGUGGGUGCUGGAAAGAUUGAGAGGAUGCGUUUUGACGGCACCGGCAGAGAGACACUAGUGGCUCAUAACAUGGGAGGAGCUGAAGGCCUGGUAGUGGACUGGGUGGGAAGGAAGCUGUACUGGGUGGAUAGUUAUUAUAGCUCGGUUCAUGUGAUGGAGUUGGACGGCCGCUACCAGAAGAAGCUGGUGACCGGAGAGUUUAAAAACGGAAAUGACACGUAUUUCAUCAGCCGACCGCGCGCCGUGGCCAUCAACCCCAAAUAUGGGUGGCUGUACUGGACAGACUGGGGCGACAAAGCGUAUAUCGGCAGAGUCGGCAUGAAUGGCAGGAACAUCAGCGCCAUUAUCACGACCAAACUGGAGUGGCCCAACGCUCUGACCAUCGACUACACCACCAACAAAAUCUUCUUUGCUGACUCACAUCUUAACUUUUUGGACUAUGCAGACAUGGACGGCCAGAACCGACACCGGGCCAUUGCUGGGACUCUUCCUCACGUCUUUGCUGCUUCCCUGUUUGAAGACUGGAUCUACUGGACAGACUGGAACACUCACACCUUAGAGAGAGCGCAUAAAUAUACCGGCGAGCAGCGCAUCAUCAUGGGGAACAACACCCAUCGGCCCUAUGACAUCCGAGUCCACCACCCUUACAGGCAGCCUAAAAGUGAGAACCCUUGCUCCUCACAUUACCUGACCUGCAGCCAUCUGUGCCUGAUCGCUCCUGGAGGUCAGCAAGCUUCCUGCGAGUGUCCGGAUCACUUCAUUGGCAUAGCGUUGGGAUUUCGGAUCCAGUGUGUGGCAGACUGCUCCAGCACCCAGUUCCGCUGUGGAGACAACGAGAAAUGUGUACCAAUAUGGUGGAAGUGCGACGGCCAAUCAGAUUGCGGCGAUGGUUCAGACGAACCUCAGACCUGUCCACCUCGGUACUGCCCCAUCGGCCAGUUCCAGUGUCGGGACGGGAACUGUACCUUCCCCGGUUUCCUCUGCGACGGACACCCAGACUGUCCUGACAGCUCAGAUGAGGACGCUGCCCUCUGCAGCGAUCAUCGAUGCGAGGUUAACCAGUUCCAGUGUAAAAACAAGAAGUGCAUCCCUGUGUCCUGGCACUGCGAUGGAGUCGCCGACUGCUCUGACGGCAGCGACGAGGACGCAGAGACUUGUGCUCAGAAGACCUGCCGACCUGGAGAGUUCAAGUGCGCCAAUGGCCGCUGCCUACCUUCUAGCUACGUGUGUGACGCCCAGGACGACUGCGGAGACGGAUCAGAUGAGCCUUUUCAAACCUGCAUGGGUCCAGAAUACAAGUGUGAUGAAGACACAGAGUUUUCCUGCAAGACAAACUACCGCUGUGUUCCUCAGUGGGCCCGUUGCGACGGCACAAACGACUGCUUGGACAACAGCGACGAGGAAGGCUGCGAGGAGCUGACCUGUGACCCUCUGGGAGAUUUCCGCUGUGACAACCACCGUUGUGUUCCCAUACGAUGGAAGUGUGACGGCGCCAAUGACUGCGGCGAUGGAUCGGAUGAGAGAAACUGCGAGCCAAGGUCUUGCACUGAAAGCGAGUUUCGUUGCGACAAUGCUCAAUGCAUCCCUGGAAACUGGCGGUGCGACCAUGACAACGACUGCGGAGACAACUCGGAUGAGCGAGACUGCGAGCUGCUGACGUGUCGCCCGGGUUUCUUCCAGUGCGACUCGGGUCACUGCAUCCCCGUCGCGCUGCAGUGUGACGGCCAGGCCGACUGUCUGGAUUUAUCUGAUGAGACCAGCUGUCCAACUCGCUAUCCGGGAGGCCGUUGGUGUCGUCCCAAUCAGUUCCAGUGCGCGAACCGGCUGUGUGUGAGUCCAAACUGGGUGUGUGACGGCGUCGAUGACUGUGGAGAUCGCUCCGACGAAGUGCUCACUCUUUGCUUAAACAUCACCUGUGAGAUGCCGUCCAGGUUCCGCUGUGCCAACGGCUACUGCAUCUACUCAGGCCUGCUGUGCAACAUGAAGGACGACUGCGGAGACGGCAGUGAUGAAGACGAAGACCUCUGCCGUGAGCCCACCCUGGCCCCCUGCACCCUAGAAGAGUUUAAAUGUACCAACGGACAGUGUGUGGCCCUCCCUUACGUCUGUGACCACAACGACAACUGUGGGGACCGUACAGAUGAAAUGGGCUGCAAUUUCGGCCAAGAUCGGAACUGCGAUGAGAAGCUCUGCCAACACAUUUGCACCAACCUGAAUGGUACCGGCUUUAUCUGCUCCUGCAGGGCUGGAUAUGAGGUGGACCCCGACAGCACCUACAACUGCCUCGACAUCGAUGAGUGUAAAGAGUACGGUACCUGUCCUCAGGUGUGCAAGAACACCAAAGGAAGCUACGACUGCGAGUGUUCAUCUGGUUACAGGAAAGUGGGUGAUGGAAAGAUGUGUGAGGCUGAAGGAGCCGCUCCUCUGCUGCUGCUCCCAGAGAGAGUUCGGAUCCGGAGGUUCAACCUGCAGGCGGAAACUUACCACGACCUCCUCCAGGAGGAGGAGCGCAUCAUGGCUCUGGACUACGACUGGGACCACAACAACACUGGAUUCAGCAUGGUGUACUUCACUGUUGCUGGUAAGGACGCUGAGCCCGGUGCCAUUAAGAGAGCGUACAUACCUUCAGUGGACGAUGGCAGUAAUAACAUCGCUGCUGCUGUUGACCUGGGUGUCAAAUACAUCACAACACCAGAUGGCAUCGCUGUGGACUGGGUGGGCAGAAACCUUUACUGGGCAGAUUCCAGGCUGAAAAGAUUAGAAGUGGCCUUGUUGGAUGGACGCUACAGGAAGCAACUUGUGAAGACUGAUUUGGGGUAUCCAUCUGCUGUGGCGGUCAACCCUCGGCUCGGAAUGCUGUACUGGGCAGACCGAGGAGACGUAGCUAAGAUCGAGUGUUCGUGGUUGGACGGGCAGGAGAGAAAAGUGCUCGUAGCCGACGGCCUGGGUUGGCCCACCGGCCUGUCCAUCGACUUCGCCAACGGAGACAGAAUUUACUGGUCGGACUCCAAGGAAAGCCGUAUUGAGUCUGUUCUGCCUUCAGGAGAGCAACGCAGAACAGCAGUUUACAUAGAUGUGAGAAACCCCUUCAGCGUGUGCGUGUUUGAGGGCCACGUUUACUGGAGCACUCAGGAGAAAGGCGAGGUUUUCCGGCAGGACAAGUUUGGCCAAGGAGACAAAGUGAAACUGUUGACUGCUGGACCUUGGCUGACUCAGAUCUCUGUGUACCAGCAGCAGAGAUACAACUCCAUGGCCAUAAAGAAUCCAUGCAAGGGAACCUGCAGCCAUCUGUGCUUGAUCCGGCCGGGAGGCUACACCUGCGCCUGUCCUGAGGGCACCAACUUCAUCACCGGCAGCAACACAGAAUGCGACGCCGGUUUUGAUCCACCGCCCACCAUGCCUCCACCAUGCCAGUGUCAAAAUGGAGGCACGUGCUACUUUAACGACAACAAGGCUCUUUGCAUAUGUCCUUCUGGGUGGAAGGGUGACUACUGCCAGACCAGUGUGCACAAUGUGGUUGCAUCUUCAGUUGGAAUAGCCAUCGGGGUGACAGUGCUGUUUGUGGCCCUGCUGGUGGCUCUGGUUUACUUCUGCAGGAAGAAGUCCAACAUCAUGGAGAGGCUGCAGGGCAGCUUGCCCAGCAUGCCCAGUAUUCCCAGUAUGCCAUCCAUGCCCACUUUCUCAGGUUUAAGGAACGGAUUCACCCAAAAUGGACGAAGACCAGAAGAGAAUGAACCGAGGCCGAACGGAGAUGCAGUUCCCUCCAUCUCAGUGUCGAUCGUUGACACGGAGGGGAAGAGCUUCGAGAAUCCAGCGUAUGAAGCUGAAGGGCAGCCUGGCUCUACCAGCAAGGCGACGCCCACUUCCUCUCCUGCUCAAACACACAAGGAGAACAUUAUUAACCCCCUGUAUGUGAAGGAAGGUCAAGCUAUGGGUGACCUCAGAUCAAGUUCAGCUAAACCUGCCAUUUCUAAGGAGGCUGUUGGUGCAUUUGAAGAGGAUGUUGUUGUUGCAUCGAGUUCCCGGGUAGCCAUGGAGCAAAUCAAACCCACUCAGGAUGAAGGUUCAGGCUCCGUCGUGAAUCCCAUCUACAUGGAAUACGAACGUGAGUCUACUUCUGAUUCCGACGUUUGAGACGGCCUCUGCACUCCUGGAUGGGAGAUAAACCCACCGGAAAUAAAAACAUGGAUUCAAUCAAAUUUAUCUAGAAACCUUGUGAAAGAGAAAGCACAGUAUUCUGUGACACCUUUAGAUGUAACUUAACUUCAGUGAAGGUAUUUGUAUGAAUAUAAUCUGGAAUAUGAUUUGUUAUGAGUAGAAUCCGGCUGGUUUAGUUCAGUGAAUAAUGUAAAUCAAACCUUUGAAACAUUCUUUAUUCAGAGUUUGUCUCUUUUGUAAAUUUUAAUUCCA